AUUGGUGGGUGGGACUCGGAAAAACCCAAGUCUGAAAUCAAUUACUAUGCCUCAUUAGAUCAUGUGUAAAGAGUUGAAGGAAAUGUGGUUCGCAAUGAACAUCCUUCAUACACGCUUUCUUUCUCGUUUGCAGUCAAACACUCUGAAUAUUUGUUGGGUCAAUCUCUCUCACGCGGAAGAUAAGUCAUCACAGCUCUCUGGUUCUCUAAUACAAGUCUCAGAAAGAUAGCGAUUCAGGUGCUCUUGUUCUAAGCCUUCCACAAUCACUUCCUAUUGUUUUCUUUUUCGGUCUUUUAAUUUUCUGCUGUUUCAAUAUAAUUAAUUUUCUGGUAUUUUAUUAGCUUUGCUUUGAUUUUUAUUCCUCCUAUUUCCAUCUUUUAUCUGUUUGCUAGAAGCUAGAUUUUUUAUCGUUCAGCUUUUCUGUUUUAUAUUUGCUUAGCUAGAGUUACCUCUUUAAACCCACCCCAAAAAAAAAAAAAAAAAGCCCCUUUCCCCCUUAUUUUAACAAUCCAAAAAUUACUUACUCUCCUGCAGUUCUUAGUUGUCUGUGUUUUUUCCUUUUUCUUCUCCAUUUCCUUAAAGCUUUCACUCUUGUAUAUUCAGCUUUAAACCAAAAAAAUAAAAAAUAAAUUAAAAAAAAACACUUUGUUCAUCUUAUUGUUUAAAAAAAAAAAAGAGUUCUCCUAAAUUAUGUUUUUGAUCUUAUUGUUUCUCAUAUUUCUAGUUUUAAUUAUCCAAGAAUUACUCCUGCAGUUCUCUGGUCGCUAGAUUUUGUUCAUUGAGAGUUUGUCAGUGGCUUUACUUCUUUAAACCAAAAAGAAGGAAAAGAUAAAAAGUAAAUUGCAAGAAAUACGUAAUGGCUGAACUGGCUACUGCUGCUGCUUCCAAAGCUGCAGAGAGAGUUACAGAGACAGUGUGUGAAUUCGGUUGUCGGCAGAUUAACUAUGUGUUUAAGUACCAGAGCUACAUGAAGAAGCUGAAGGAGCAAGUUAAGGAGCUCGACAUUAGAAAAGGAGAUGUGGAAGAAGAUGUAAAAGUGGCUGAAAGACAAGGUGAAGAGAUUUAUAAUGAAGUUACUGAGUGGCUGAAGGGUGUGGAAGAGUUCAUGGAACGGGUAGCAAAGCUUGUUGACGAUGAAGAUAAAGCAAAGAAGCGUUGUUUCAAAGGGUUGUGUCCUGAUUUGAUUAAACAUUACAGACUCAGCAAAGAGGCAGAGGAGGUGGCGGAGGCUGGUGCCAAGGUCUUGGAAAAAGGAAAAUUCAGUAGAAUUUCACACCCACCCCUUCUACAGAGGACGGAAUCCAUAUUUGUGGGUAAGGAGUACGAACACUUUGACUCAAGAGAGUCAAAUUUCCAGGAUAUUAUGGAUGCAUUGAAAGAUUCUACUGUUAAUGUGAUUGGAGUGCACGGUAUGGGUGGUGUGGGAAAAACCACACUGGUCAAAAAAGUUGCUUGGAAAGCCAAGGAAGAUAGGUUAUUUGAUGAGGUGGUGAUUGCUGAGAUAACACAUACGCCGGAUCUUAAACAAAUUCAAGCCGACAUUGCUGGUCAAUUGAGCAUGGUAUUUAGGGACCAGGAGAGUCUAUUUGGAAGAGCUGAUCAAUUACGUCACAGGAUGAAGUCCAAGAGAAUCGUUGUAAUAGUAGAUAAUAUCUGGGAGAAGCUUGACCUGAAGGAUGUUGGAAUUCCUUUAAGCUAUGAUGAUAAAGGUAGCAUCCCACAAGACAGGAAAGAAAGCAAUGAUGAGCAAGAGCGGUGCACAAUAUUGUUAACAGCUAGAAAAUUAGAUGUCUUAAAUCAGAUGAAAACUCAGAAGAAUAUAUCGGUUGAGCCUUUAGCCGGUGAUGAUGCCAGGAGUUUGUUUGAGAAAAUCGUUGGUGAUUUAUCAGAAAAACGUGGCAUAGCAGCGGAAAUAGUAGAAAAAUGUUCAGGGUUACCACUUGCAAUUACAAUAAUAGCAAAUGCUUUGAAAGGUAAAAGUGAUUAUGCCUGGAAGGAUGCCCUAAAUCAGUUAAAAAGUCAUAAUCAUAGAUGUGUUCCAGAAAUGGAUAACACUUUAUACUCAAUUUUUAAAUUGAGUUACCAAUUGUUGAACAGUGAAGAAGCCAAGUUACUACUUCUACUUUGUGCCCUAUCUGAAUAUCCACAUGUUGAUUUCCCCUUGUUCAAUGGUAUGGGGUUGGGAUUGUUUCAAAAUGUCUACUCAAUUAAUGAUGGAAGGAAUAGAAUAAAGUCGUUGAUUGAUUAUCUCCGGGAUUCGUGUUUGUUGUUGAAAGGUAGUGAUAACGUGAAGGUCAAAAUGCAUGAUGUCGUUCAUACUGCUGUUAUAUCAAUUGCCCAAGAGAAAUGUAUGUUUGGUAUUCAAGAUGUCAAAGGCAUUAAAGAGGUGUUGAUGAAGAGAAUGUACAAAGAUUCGAUUGCAAUUCAUCUGUCUUAUACAGACAUUCAUGAGCUUCCUGAAAGGGUAGAGUUUCCAAAACUAGAGUUAUUUACUUAUCAUAUUGUAGAAGAUCUUUGUUUACAAAUCCCAGACAACCUUUUCGAAGGAAUGAAAGAACUCAAAGCACUAGAAUUGGGAGGAGUUGAUUUAUUACCACCACCACCAUCGUUAGUUUGCCUAACAAACCUUAAAAGAUUAUAUCUCGGGAAUUGCUCUUUGGGAGAUAUAACAAUGAUGGGAGAGCUAAGGAAAUUAGAGACUCUUGAAUUUCUAUUUUGUGAUUUUGAACAGUUGCCUGAAAGAUUUAAACAACUGACAGGACUAAAGUUUUUACAAUUGACCAAUUGUCCAAAGCUUAAAGUAAUCCCACCAAAUGUCAUCGCCAGCUUAUCUCUAUUAGAAGAGCUAUAUAUAUAUAACAGCUUUGAUCGAUGGGAAGUUGAAGGACAAAAUAACACUAGUCUUGCAGAGUUGAAGGAAUUGUCUCAAUUGAACACUUUAUGUAUAGAUAUCCCGAAUGAGCAGAUCAUACAGCAAGAUUUUAUUCCAGUGAACUUAGAAAAGUAUGAAGUACAUAUUGGAGAUGUAUGGGACUGGCCUCAUGAUUAUGAAUACUCAAGAACAUUGAAACUAAAGUUCAAUGGAAGCCGUCAUAUGAGGUAUGGGAUCGAAAUUUUGGUGGAGAAAGCAGAGUAUCUCUAUCUAGAUCAGCUGGAUGGUGUUAAAGAUAUACUUUGGGAACUUGAUAGUGAAGGUUUCCCAGAACUAAAGCUUCUCUCUGUACAAAAUAGUUCUGAAAUUUUGUAUAUUGUCAACUCGAUGGAGUGCAUUCAUUCUAAUGAUGCUUUUCCAAUCUUAGAAUCAAUGUUUCUUAUUAAUCUAUGUCAUAUGGAGAAGAUAUGUUGUGGCCUAGAUAAUGCAAAGUCUUUCAGCCAAUUAAGAAUAAUAAAAGUAGCUGAUUGUGACAAGUUGAAGUAUCUCUUCUCAUCCUCCAUGGCCAAAAACAUACUGCUGCUUGAAGAAAUCGAUGUAACUAAUUGCAAGUUGCUAAAGGAGAUUUUUAGUGAAGAAAGUGAAGACCAUGUUGAUGAAAACAUAAAGGUUUGUAGGACUGAGUUUAAACAAUUGCACUCCAUAGUACUACAAGGCCUACCACAGUUCAUAAGUUUUGGCUUGGAGGUUGUGUUAUCAAGAUUGGAGAACCUAAAACUGUCCUCAAUUAAGGUUGAGAACAUAUGGGUUAAUCUACUCAAACCAAUGUUUACGCAUACUCAGUGCUUAAAAUGCUUAACAGUGGAAGAUUGUAACGGUUUGAAGUUUCUGUUUUCCUCUUCUAUGGUCAAAAGUUUUGUGCAACUCCAAAAGCUUGUGAUAUGCAACUGUAAGUCAAUGGAAGCAGUAAUAUUUGAGUCAGAAGGAUUAGAAGAAGCAGAUAAGAUAAUUCAAAUGAAUUUUCCUAAACUAUUCUACUUGAAGCUACAAGGGCUUCCAAAACUCAAAAGAUUUGGUAUUGGAAAUCUAGUUCAAUUCCCUACCUUGAAUGAACUUCACAUUGAGAGUUGCUCUAGUUUGAAGACAUUCUUCCGUAAUUCUUCUAGUGUAGAAGUGAGCUUGGAGAACAUUCUUACUACUAAUAUAGAGCCCCUGUUUGAUGACAAGCUGAUCUGGCACAACCAACUUCAUAGAGAUUCUUUUUGCAAAUUGAGAGAAUUGAGAGUUGAAUUCUGUGAAAAUUUGGUGACUAUUGUUCCAUCUAAUAGUCCUCAAGGACUUGUUACCUUUCAGAAUCUAGAAGCAUUAACUGUUGAGAACUGUUGGAAUAUAAAAUGUCUGUUUCCAGUUUCCAUAGCUACUAGUCUUUUGCAGCUCAAAAAACUUGAGCUAUUCUCUUGCGGUUUGGAGGAAAUUGUUGCCAAGCAGGAAGUAGGUGGGGCACCUAGAUUUUUGUUUCCUCAAUUAACGACGUUGGAACUUGCUUAUUUACCAGAGCUCAAACAUUUCUACAUGGGGUCCUAUACAGCAGAGUGGUCAAUGCUAAAGGAAUUGUUUGUGUACGAUUGUAAGAAGAUAAAAGUAUAUGCUUUAAAUGGAGAGAGCCAACCUGCCCUAUUUUCAUUUGAAAAGGUCAUACCCAAUUUGGAAUCAUUGCGCUUAAAUGCUGAUAACAUAACAUCCUCAUGUCUUGACCGUAUUCCAACUAGGAGCUUUGGGAAACUUAAGCAUCUUGCACUGCAUAGGUUUGAUGAUUAUUCAGUAGGAUUACAGUUCGGUCUCCUUAAAAAAUUGCACAAUUUAGAAACACUUGAUCUAGUUGAUUGUACAUUCCAAGAACUCUUCCCGAAUGAAGGAUAUGCAAGGAAACAAAAUUCCCAAAUGGAAACCUUUCUCCAAACUCUUGAAACUCUGAAGGUAUGGAGAUGUCAUUGUUUGACAUAUUUGAUGCCAUCGGUCAUCUGCUUCAAGAACAUUAAGAAUUUGGUAGUCUACCAUUGUAAUGGAUUGAAAAAUAUAUUAGUAUGCUUAGCGAUAACAACUCUUGUCCAUCUCACAACAAUCUCAGUAAGAGAAUGUGAGUCAAUGACAGAGGUUAUAGCGAUUGAGGUAAAUACAACAAAAGAGAAGAUUGUUUUUAAUCAACUGAAAUUGUUGGAACUUCAUUGUUUAAAAAGCCUCACAUGCUUCUGCUCUGCCAAUUACGCAUUUCGAUUCCCAUGCUUAGAACAAGUAAUUGUGAGUCAUUGCCCCAAUAUGAAGACUUUUUCUCAAGGAGGUUUGAGCACACCAAAAUUAAACGAGGUGCAACUAACAGAAAAGAUCAAUGCAGAGUCUUUUUGGAAGGAUGACCUUAAUUCCACUAUCGAGCAGAUGUUUUCAAAUAUGCUUGGUUUCAGCAACAUGGAGGAUCUCAAACUCUCUGAAUUCCCUGAAUUAAAAGAAAAAAUUUGGAAAUGUGAAGUUCCAGAGGGGUUAUUAUAUAAUUUAAAAUCGUUGGUUUUGGACGCAUUUUUGGAAUCAUCAACUACAAUUCCAUCUUUUGUGCUGAGCGACUUAGAAAAUCUUGAAACACUGGAAGUAAGAAAUUGUGAUUCGCUGAAACAAGUGUUUGAUACAGAAACACUGCCAAAAUUAGGUGGACAUACUUCGAAGAGAAGUCAUCAAGAUGUUUUAAACUUAAACAAUUUGAAGUCUAUUAGAGUGCACAAUUGUAAUGGAUUGAGAUAUAUAUUUACAGCGACUCUCAUCCUAGGCCUUGUUCAACUCCAAGAUAUAGAAGUGAAAGACUGUGGUUUGAUAGAAGAAAUCAUCAGGAAAGAAGGCGAAAAUGAUGCAGAGAUUGAUAAAAUUUUUAUCCCCCAACUCAACUCCAUUAGUCUUGAAGCAUUGCCAAACUUGACAAGAUUCUGUUCAGGAAUUAAUAGUUUGGCUUGUCCCUCCUUGAAAAGUAUUAGAGUAGCCAGAUGUCCAGAGAUUGAGACAUUCAUUUCUGCUGAUAUGAAGCACCAAUCAGACCAUAUUGCACCUCUCUUCUGUGAAAAGGUUGCUUUUCCAAGGUUGGAGGAGAUGAUACUCUUGCACUUGCGUAAGUUGCAGUUGAUCUGGCACAACCAACUCCAUAGAGAUUCUUUUCGCAAAUUAAAAGAAUUGAGGGUUGAAUUUUGUGAAAAUUUGGUGACUAUUGUUCCAUCUGUUAUUACUCAAGGACUUCUUACCUUUCAGAAUCUAGAAACAUUAACUGUUGAGAACUGUUGGAGUAUAAAAAGUCUGUUUCCAGUUUCCAUAGCUACUGGUCUUUUGCAACUCAAAAAACUUACACUAUUGUCUUGCGGAUUGGAGGAAAUUGUAUCCAAGCAAGAAGUAGAUGGAACUCCAAAAUUUUUGUUUCCUCAAUUAACGUGGCUCAUGCUCUGCAAUUUACCAGAGCUCAAACAUUUUUAUAUGGGGUCCCAUACAGCAGAGUGGCCAACGCUAAAGGAGUUGUAUGUGUCUGAUUGUAACAAGAUCAAAGUAUACACUUCAGAUGGAGAGAGCCAGCUUGCCCUAUUUUCAUUUGAAAAGGUCAUACCAAAUUUGGAAGCAUUGAUUUUAAAUGCCGAUAACAUUACAUCCUCAUGUCUCGAUCGUAUUCCAGCUAGGAGCUUUGGGAAACUUAAAUAUCUUGGACUGGAUAGCUUUGAUGAUUAUUCAGUAGGAUUUUUGUUUGGUCUCCUUCAAAAAUUGCACAAUUUGGAAACACUCAGUCUAUUGACUUGUACGUUCCAAGAACUUCUCCCAUAUGAAGGAUAUGAAAGGAAACAAAAUUCCCAAAUGGAAACAUUUCUCCAAAAUCUUCAAACUCUGAUAGUAUGGAGUUCUCAUUGUUUGACAUAUUUGAUGCCAUCCUCAGCCAUCUGCUUCAAAAACAUUAAAAAUUUGGAAGUCAACUGUUGUAAUGGAUUGGAAAAUAUAUUGCCAUGCUCAGCGGCAACAACUCUUGUCCAUCUCACAACAAUCUCAGUAAGAGAAUGUGAGUCACUGACAGAGAUUAUAGCUACUAAGGUAGAUACAGCCGAAGAGGAGAUUGUUUUUAGCCAACUGAAAACGUUAGAUAUUGACAUAUAUAUUGUGAGUCAAUGCCCUAAUAUGAAGACUUCAUAUUAGGGCAUUUAAUCGAAUGUUAGAUAUUGACA